CAGUAACCAAGCAAAUAAUACAGAAUAAACACAGCCAAAGUUCACUUGCUCUGAUCGAUCUUAUAACUGAGACAUCUCCCUCUGUCCAGCCUGUGCCUUGGUGUGUGUGGUUGAUGGAGAAGUUCACCAUGAUGCGUGCAGUACUGAGUAUCUGGAUCUUAUCAGCAGUGGUCUGUGUGGGCAGAAGUCAUCACCAUGAAGGUCACAUUGAGGUCGAAGAUCAGGCAGGCCAAGACACUGCACUGGACAGCAGUGCCGACAGCAUCUCACUGGUGGCUUCAGCAAACAAAGAGUUUGCCUACAAUCUGUACAGGAAGUUAGCAGCUCAUGCUGACUCGCAAGGAAAGAAUAUCUUCUUCUCACCACAGAGUGUGUCUGUUGCCUUGGCUGCCUUGUCUGUUGGAGCACGGGCGGAGACCCACCAGCAGAUUUUCAGUGGUCUGGGCUUCACCAACCCCCUACUAACACAGACAGUUGUGGAUCAGGCCUUCCGUACACUCCUCGAACGGGCAAACAAUACCUCUAAGGAAGACACCAGUGAAGGGACCGCUGUGUUUGUGGAUAACCGCUUCAAGCCAAAGCCUGAGUUCCUGGACGUCUUAAAGAAAUCUUACUUUGCAGAUGGGUUUGAAGUUGACUUCACCAAAACCACAGACAGCGCCAAUACUAUCAAUAAGUAUGUGGAGGAGAAGACCAAUGGAAAGAUUGAUAAGCUGGUGGAAGACCUGGACCCAAACACAGUCAUGUAUCUCAUCAGCUACAUAUACUUCAAAGGAAAGUGGCAAACUCCAUUUGAUUCUGAGCUUACCAAGGAAGACACGUUCACAGUUGACGAGAACACCAAGGUUCCUGUCCAGAUGAUGAAUAUGGAGAAGAAUGUUAAUAGCUAUUACGACCAGGCGAUUAAUACAUCGGUGCUCCAUCUUCCCUUUAACAGCACCUACUCCAUGCUAUUGUUGUUGCCUGAUGAUAUGGCGACACUGGAGAAUGCCAUUUGUCCAAACCACAUCACCAAAUGGCUUAAGUGGAUGAAGCGCAGGACAUAUGAUGUGUAUCUUCCAAAGUUCUCCAUCAAGACUUCUUAUUCCCUGAAGGAUGUGUUGACUGGAAUGGGAAUGACAGACAUGUUUGGUGAUCAGGCAGAUUUGAGCGGCAUUUCAGAGGGACAAAAAUUGGCUGUCUCAGAGGUUGUGCAUCAAGCCACUCUGGAUGUUGAUGAGGCCGGAGCCACUGCUGCAGCAGCUACAGGCAUUGGCAUCACGCUUAUGUCCUUACGCAUCGUCCCUGUCUUGAAGUUUGAUCGGCCAUUUAUGGUCCUGAUCACUGAGCGCAACACAGAAAACAUCCUCUUUAUGGGCAAGAUUACCAACCCAAACAUCUGAUGGAGUAAGCUUUGUGUUCACUUAAGCACUGCUGUGGCAUCACAUAUUAAAUACUCACAAAAAACCUUGGCUCUAUGGUCUCUU